AUGACUACAUUAGAUUAUAGAAAUAAGAUAAUUCUUGCACCUAUGGUUAGAAUCGGAACAUUACCGAUGAGACUUUUAGCCUUAGAGUACGGCGCAGAUCUAGUUUAUUCGCCUGAAAUAGUAGAUAAGAAAAUGAUUGCUUCAGAACGGCAAUUCGAUGAUAAUAAAAAUUCUGUGGCGUUUACAACUCAUCCGAUUGAAAAAUCAAGAUUAAUUUUUCAGAUUGGAACUGCUGAUCCUGAUCUUGCAUUGAAAGCUGCAUUGAAAGUAAAACAAGACGUUGCUGGGAUAGAUGUAAAUUGUGGUUGUCCAAAAAAGUUUUCUAUACAAGGUGGUAUGGGUGCUGCUUUAUUAUCAAAUCCAGACAAAUUGAAGGCCAUAUUAACAAAUUUAGUGCAAAAUUGUGGUCUUCCAGUUACUUGUAAAAUAAGGAUGUUAGAUACUAAAGAAAAAACAAUAGAAAUUUGUAAAAUGAUAGAAUCUACAGGAGUUAAAGCAAUCGCAAUUCAUUGUAGAACGCGUAAUGAGAGACCGAGAGAUCCUGGACAUUGGGAUAUCUUUAACGACAUUGUUGAAAAUAUAAAGUUAAUACCAAUUAUUGCAAACGGUGAUGUAUUUCAACGUCCGGACAUAGUAAAAUUAAAAGAAUUGUCGAAUGUAAGUUCGAUUAUGAUCGCUCGUGCUGCUGAAGAAAAUGUUUCGAUAUUUCGUCAAGAAGGAACUUUGCCACUUGAGGAUGUUGUUAUUUCAUAUAUUAAAAAAGCAUUGGAAGUCGGCAACAGCUGGCCGAACACAAAAUAUGCUCUAAUGCAAAUGUACGCUGUACAUUCAAAAGAACCAAAAUAUAAAUUAUUAAUUCAUACAAAGUCGUAUGAAGAACUGUGCAAAAUUUAUGGCUUGGAAGCUUUUUUUGAAAAAGCAGACUUAACUGCACGGCUGACAAAAAAUGGAAAAAAUUUGAUCAAAUCUGAUUUUUCUAAUAAAUUAGAAAAUUCAACUAAUAAUAAAAGAAAACAUCCAGAAGAAUAUCAAUCAGAAUUUGAGGAGAAUAAGAUAAAAAAGGCUAAUAUUGGCGAUGAAAUAAAAGAUCAAUAUUCAACAUUUAACG